GAACGAGGUACGGCGAAUGUUCGCGAGAGAAAACGAAUGCUAAGCAUUAAUUCAGCCUUUGAAGAAUUAAGAUGCCAUGUUCCUACUUUUCCUUAUGAAAAACGACUCUCAAAAAUUGACACACUGCGCCUGGCUAUAGCCUAUAUUUCAAUGUUAAGAGAUAUAUUACUUAGUGGGGAUGAUCCUUUAGAGUUUGUUGAAUCGUCAUUAAACGAGGGUCAAAAUAAAGCGGAUUGGAAUACAAGCGAUCUAACAGCAAGAUUAUCGUGGGUAAAAUGGGAAAGUCUCGGAGUU